CAACGACGAAGAACUCGCUCACUCCUCGCUCACUCGCAAUUAAAGCCUGAAAGCCAUUGAUACUAAGCAGACAGCCUCAUCAUGGCGUCCACGCAGCUCCCCCUGGAGACUCUAUCGACCUGGGCCAUGUUCAAUGACGUAGACCUCGUCGACGUCGAGGCCCGCGAGAUUCCAGGCUGCGGCCUGGGUCUACUUUCGAAUAAGGAGCUCAGUCGAGAGGAAGAGACCUUUGACAUUCCGACCUUGCUCAGGAUUCCCGGGGAGCUGGUUUUAUCUGCCGAAGCUGUUGAGAACUAUGCAAAGGUCGACAAGAACUUUCGGCAGCUGCUCGAGGCUGCAGGUCACAAGUCAACUCGACAUGAUGUCUGCCUCUUUCUGCUCACGCAGAAAGUACUUUCCGAUAGGCCUAAGACGUCUUUGAAGGGCGGAGUCUCGACGCCGUGGACAGAAUACGUCAAGUACCUGCCGCCGCAAGUUCCUGUUACCACACUCUGGACAGAGCAGGAACGUGAAAUGUUAAAUGGAACAUCACUUGAGUCGGCCACGGCUGCCAAGAUUGUUGCGUUGACCGACGAGUUCGAUGAGGUCCGCGAGAUCUCUUCCACGCUGCCAUUCUGGAACGAGCUGUUUUGGGAAAGCGACAAGGUGUCACUCAUCGACUGGGUUCGGGUUGACGCGUGGUUUCGGUCCCGAUGCCUGGAGCUACCCAAAUCAGGCGAGGCCAUGGUCCCGGUGCUAGACUUGGCAAACCAUUCAUCCAAUGCCAAUGCCUACUACGAAGAAAACGGCAAGGACGAGGUAGUACUACUUCUGCGACCCGGCUGCAGGGUCUCGUCUGGGGACGAGAUGACGAUAUCCUAUGGGGAUGCGAAAUCCGGGGCAGAGAUGCUCUUCAGCUAUGGGUUCAUAGACCCCGCGUCAGCCGCCGACCGGAUCACGCUGCCCUUGAUACCCAUGGAAGACGACCCACUGGGCAAGGCGAAGCUGCACGUCUUUGAAGGAGCACCGACUGUGGAGUUUGUCCGGACGAAUGGUUCACUCAGCUGGAAGAGCCCCUUUGCAUACUUUAUGUGCCUCAACGAGGAAGACGGCCUGUCAUUCCGCGUUUUGCAGGACACCGGAGGUUCACGGGAGCUAAAACUAUUCUGGCAAGACGAGGAUGUGACCACGACAACAACGGCUUUCGAGCAACACAUCGAUGGACAUCCCCUGGCCCAAAUCUUCCGUCUUCGGGUGGUUUCCGUCUUGGGAGAUCUGGUGGGCAGCCAGCUUGAGCGACUGGCCACUGGCAUGUCUUUGGAAGACCUGGACGAAUCUCUGAACCAAGGGGGUCUUGUUUGUGGUACAUGCAUCAGUGCAGCUGCAACGCUGAGAGAGCAAGAGACUAGCUUGCUAGAAGCUGCCGUCAAGGCUAUAGAAGACCAGAAAACAGAACUCCUCGCAGACGAAAACGUGGUGGCUUAUCUCGGGUCGAUGGAAGAUGCCCAAAACGACCUAGUCCUGGAAGAGAUGUCCAAUGAAGACGAAGACUUCAGUUAGAGAGGGAGGGUCAGGCGAAGCCAUGCGGCCGGGUCGAUCCAUUCGGCAGUCAUAAUAUCGGGCGCAGACUUGGUCAUGACGGCGCCUAUCCAGGGCAGACUCAGAGAACGCCGUUGCGGAGCACUGAGCGGCUGCUGCAGAGACGAGACUACGGAGCCAUGCAGACGGCCUUAUUCUUGGAUUGCGAGCUUGUUCGGAAUUACUGCGACGUCUUGUCCUGCGAAGCUUACGGAAUCCCAUCAAAAUACAAUUUUGUUCCCUUGUAUGGGAUAGUAUACGGG